AUGGGGAAUGAGGAGGAAGGGUUGAAUGAUGUUCGGGAGGCGGAGAUGAUAACUGUGUCGCAGGAAUCAUCCCCGCGGAUAAGGGUGUAUCAUAAGAAUGCAAAAGGCCCAUAUUUUGUUUAUAUUAGGCAAAGAGUUGGAGGGCAAGCCAUUCACUCAGUGAUAGUGUCAAAAUUGCUCACGAGAAAGUACAAGUCAAUUGUGGCACUAAAAGUGGUGGUCAAGGAAAAAAUGAGGGUGGAAUUCACAGACUUGAAUGAGGCUAAUAAGCUACCCUUUGAUAACGAUUUUGCCAAGGAUUAUCAUGUAUAUAUUCAGGCAUCAUGCGUGGAAAUUCAAGGCGUGAUCCCUUUCUCGAUUCAUGAAGAUUUGAAAGAUAUUAAGGAGAGCGCGGUGGGCAGAAUCAAGGCUAAAAUGACGGAAAGCAUAGAUAUUGUGGAGGUGAAAAGAUUGCACAAAUAUGUAAAAACGAAUGUCGAAGAAAAAGCCGUGCCUAUUAAUUUUGUUCGCAUCACCUUUGCCGGGCAUAUCUUGCCAGAAAUUGUGGAGAUCAAUAAGCUGUUAAUUCCAAAAACAAAAGAUGUGGGCACUGCGGGGAUUUACAUGGAUCUGAAGAUCAUUGUAGGGUUGACACGUUUAUUUGUCCCAAUUUCUCGGAAAAAUGAGAGAGCUUUCAAGCAACAUCGUAUGUCAUAUGCGGAUACUGUAAAAGGGAGUAAACCCGCUGAGACUAACGGGGAAAAAUCAGGAACUCAACCAAACAAUAUUUACACUUUAUUAGAAAUUGAGGAUGGGGAAUUGAUGGAGACGGAUGAAGAGAUUGAACCCGCAUUUGAAAAUCAUCGUUUGACAAAAAGAAGGAGAUCACCUGUAGAUGAAGAUCAAGCGUUCUGGGAUUCGCUUCCCGGAACUAGUCGAGACAACGAAAAAUCUAGAGCUGUACUGAAGGACGAAGAAAAGAAUAUACGCGGGAAAAAGUUGAAAUUUGAUGGAGGGGGCUUUAAGUUGGGCGAAAGUGUUAGUAUCUCCCUUCAGAUUGGGAAUAGUUCAAAUCACAGAGUCUCUCUUGACUGCCUGGUUAUGAAGAAGAUCACUAAUGAUCAACCAAGUCGUCCAAUUGAUGCAAAGUCUGUUCCAAUUCCUCCACAAUUUACCUUGGCGGAUCCUGAUUGGAAUAAACGCCAAUCAAUCGAUUUACUCAUUGGAGGACAAUAUUUUUGGCAAUUUAUUCAGGAAGGGUCUCACUCUAUUGGGAAAGAUGCUCCACUCUUGAAACAAAGCGUUUUUGGUUGGCUUGUGGUGGGUCCCUGCAAUAUUGAAUCUCACUCCAAUUCCCCACGAAAUUUGAUGUGUCACGUAUCAACCUUGGCCAGCAUCGAGAGUGCCAUCAAGAAAUUUUGGGAAAUUGAGGAAAUAGAUAGGCCCAAGGAUCAGGUUGCUGAGUACAAAGAAGUCGAGGAUCAGUUUGCAUCUACUUCUACAAGAAAUACUGAAGGUCGCUAUAUUGUUGAGCUCCCAUUCAACGAUAAAGUCAAUGAAUUGGGAAAUAAUCAAGCUGCUGCGACAAAACAAUUGUUCUAUUUAGAGAGGCGAUUAAAUAAAAACAGUGAUUUGAAACAAGAGUAUUCGAAUGUGUUUAAUGAAUAUCUCUCCCUUAACAUUAUUGAGGCUGUUCCGUUCAAUGAAAUGGGAUUGGCAUCUUAUUAUCUGCCACACCAUUGCGUAAUUCGCGAACAGUCCACUAGCACAAAAGUUCGUAUAGUUUUUAAUGCAAGCUCCAAAUCUCAAAGCGGUCUGAGUCUAAAUGACUGUCUAAAAGUGGGCCCAGUUGUCCAACCCACUUUGGUCUCUGUUCUUUUGAGAUUUCGCCAGCACAAGUUCGCUCUAACGUGCGAUAUAGUCAAGAUGUACUUGCAAGUACUCUUGGAGCCAAAGCAUCGCGACUAUCAACGUUUUGUAUGGCGGGAAAAUGCAGAUGAUCCAGUAAAGGCUUUCAGGUUCCGCACAGUCUGUUUCGGAGUUGCUCCAUCUCCAUUCUUAGCCACCAGAGUCCUCAACCAACUGGUCGCAGAUGAAGGAGAGGAUUUCCCAUUAGCCUCAAGAGCUAUUUUGUCAAACUUUUAUGUCGACGAUUGCCUUAUGUCGUCGGUUACAAGUGUUGAAGAACUUCUUGAAUUGAAAGGUCAGUUGAUCAGUCUCUUGAACCGUGCUGGAAUGCAGCUUUCAAAGUUUAAAUCCAAUUGUCCCUAUGCCAUUGAAGACAAACCAGCAACCCAACAGACUCUCCAUUUUGAAGAUGAGACAGUGAAAACCCUUGGUAUGAUUUGGAAUCCCAAUUCAGACACUUUUCAAUAUAUUGUUCAAGAAAUUAUUGAAGACCAACCUGUCACCAAGCGGUUAAUCCUGUCUACCAUCGCUCGAAUUUUUGAUCCCAUUGGAUUAAUAAGCCCAUUAAUCACAAAGGCUAAGUUAAUUUUCCAAAGUACUUGGGAAGUCAGUACCACUUGGGAUCAGCCUGUUCCUGAUGAUUUGUCAAUGGAAUGGAAAAUUUUCGUUGAGGAUUUACCAUUAAUUCAGUACUUACGCAUUCCUAGAUGGGUUUCUUCAAUCGAAAAUCCCUCUUCAAAUGAACUGCACGCAUUCUGCGAUGCAAGUUUCGUUGCAUAUGGAGCUGCCAUAUACCUUGUCUGUGAAGAUGCCAAUGGACAGAGAUCUUCUCGUUUGUUGACUGCAAAAUCUAAAAUCACUCCACUAAAAAAUAAAGUGUCUCAGAGUCUUACAAUCCCGAAGGCGGAAUUAUGUGGAGCUGUCAUGGCAACUGAAUUGAUGAAAGUAGUUUCGCAGUCCCUACAGAUUUCAGAUCAUUUUUUUUGGACUGAUGCUACAAUCAUCUUGCACCAAAUUCACUCUCCUCAUGAGAGACGUGAAUUAUUUGUCAAGAGACCUGCAGCGAAAAUUUUAAGUGUAUCCAAUCCUCAACAAUGGAGACAUGUACCAACCUUGGAGAAUCCAGCUGACAUAUUGUCUCGAGGAGCCCUUCCCGGAAAAUUAAAGAAUUCAGUUUUAUGGUGGCAGGGUCCUCAGUUCAUCCGCAAGGAACCUCAGCAUUGGCCUCCACCAUUUGAUGCCUCGUCUCAGUUUCCUAUUGUUGAUGAGCAGGUCACGCUGAUUAAUGUACCAGCAGAGUCAUCUGACUCAAAUCCAAUCUAUUCUUACUUAACAACCAAUAUUGGAAGCUAUAAUCGCAUUCGAAGAGUAUUGGCUUGGUGUUUCAGAACAGUUAAUGUCUUCAAGCUCAAGCUAAAACGUUGUACCCGACAGACAGCCGCUCAAAGUACAUCAGAAUUCCUCAAAACACAUGAGCUUAGGGAAGCUGACAAGUUUCUCGUGCGUUGGGACCAACAAGAACACUUCGAUCAGAUUUUAGUUACCAUAAAAACCAAAAAUUUUAACACUUCUCAGAGAUUUGCGGCGAUUCGUAAAUUGCGUCCAUUUCUGGACUCGGAUAACAUAUUACGUGUUGGUGGUAGGUUGCAAAAGUCCGGAGAACCCUACGAUGUUCGCCAUCCUAAACUAUUGGCUGAGAAAAGUAUUCUUGCCCGUUUGAUUGCAACUCACACUCAUCUGAGUCUCUUACAUGCGGGUCCUCAAUUAAUAUUGGCUCAGCUACGUCAAGCGUACUGGCCCAUGGAUGGACGCAAUUUGUGCAGAUCUAUUACACAUAACUGCAUUAAGUGCAUUAAGGCAAAUCCUCCGCAGCAGGAGCAAUUGAUGGGAGAACUUCCUGAGCAUCGAAUGACCGCUAUUAAGGCUUUCCAAGCAACAGGAGUUGAUUUUGCAGGGCCUCUGCUUUUAAAAUCUGUAAAUCGUAAAGGUUCUCCCAUUAAAGCGUAUGUUGCAGUUUUCGUCUGCAUGGGAACGAAGGCUUUGCAUUUGGAAUUAGUGAGCACUCUAGAAACAGAUGCCUUCAUUGCAACUCUGAGGAGAUUUGUAGCGAGAAGAGGACUACCUACUCAUAUGUACUCAGAUCAGGGAACUACAUUUAUUGGAGCAGACAAUGAGUUGAAAAGAAUGUUCCAGCAAACAAAAUCUCAGGAAAUCUUUGCAAAUUUUCUUUCGGAGCGGAACACUCAAUGGUGUUUUCAACCUCCAAAGGCACCUCAUCAUGGUGGAUUGUGGGAGGCGGCCGUAAAAUCCUGUAAGUUUCAUUUGAAGCGUAUUCUUGGCCAAACCCCACUUACCUUUGAAGAAAUGCAGACAACCCUCUCUGAGAUAGAAGCAGUCCUCAAUAGUCGCCCCCUUGUACCCAUCUCCACUCAUCCGGACGAUCCUUCAUGUUUGACACCCGGACAUUUUUUGACUGACUUGAUCGAUGGCAAUUAUGCCAGAAAAUUUGCCAAGACUUCUCAUCAAGGUGGAAGAGAGAAUAUCUCAACACUCUUCAAGUGCGCAGUAAGUGGACAGAAUCCAAAGAUAAUCUAA